AUGGGUUGCAUGAGGGAAUUGAGUAAAUCAGAUUCUGAAGAUGGAGACAAGCAUCAGCACUAUUUAGAAGGUCUUGGACUCACCCCGUUAAUCCUUUGGAGCCGUACAACAAAGGCCAAGGAAUGCUUGUCUGGCAUUUCCAAGGCACGAGGUUUCACUUUCAGUCAUCGGAGCCGGACUGCAUCCCGUCGCUGCCGCCAGGAAUCGUGCACGAAGGACUCCAGUCGCUUAAACCUGAAUUCUUUUCUUUUCCUCUGUCAGAGAAGACAGACGGUCGUCUUCAGCAUGUUCUGCCUACAGUCAUCUGUAUGCCUACAGCUGUCAUUCCUGAUACUGACAGAGUCUAAGUUACUGGAAUUAAGACUUAUUCUAUGCAUCUGCUCUCCCACAAUAUGGCGCUAUGGGGUGAGUUCACUGGUGGAGAGGACCAUUGCAAGACUUCGCCUGAAGAAACUGUUCAGUGGCGUCUUUGUCCAGAUCACCCCCCAAAACCUAAAACUGCUGCGGAUAGUGGAACCUUACGUGACCUGGGGAUUUCCAAAUCUGAAGUCUGUCCGGGAACUCAUCCUGAAACGUGGGCAAGCAAGGGUCAACGAUAAGAGCAUCCCUCUGACAGACAACACCGUGAUUGAGGAGCACCUGGGGAGAUUUGGUGUCAUCUGCUUGGAAGACCUCAUUCAUGAAAUUGCCUUCCCGGGGAAGUAUUUCCAGAAUAUUGCGAGGUUCCUGCGCCCUUUCCAGCUGUCAGUGGCCCGUCAUGCUAGCAAGAACAGAGUGGGCUUCCUCAAGGAGAUGGGCUCACCUGGCUAUCGGGGUGAACGCAUCAAUCAGCUCAUCCGCCAGCUGAACUAGACCCAGGAUAUCUGGAAAGAUGUUUUUUUGGAAUUAUUAUCAAGUAUCUUCAGAGAAGAUUUUCUUCCUUAUCCCCGGAAAUUGGAAAGGACAGAUCAAGGGAAAGAUAGUUGUGAUCAUGGCAGGCACCUCAUCCCUACCCCGUUCCAAGGAGAGGUUCCACUGUCUUCCAUCUUGGGUGCUGCCUCCUCUGGACUCAGCACCGACCAUUGAAGAAGGAGUCUUCCUUUGUCACAGCUUCUGUCCUGGCAUUUGAUUUUGGUGAAUGACUGGCCGGAGCAUCUGUCAAGAUUUCCCAGGACUUGGGGGCUACCAGGGCCUUGUUUUGAAGAGACUUGAAAUACAGUUAGGAAGCGGAGCACCAAAACAGUGCUCAGCUGUGUCUGCUGUGGAUCCAUGUUUCAGCUGCUCAAUGACGACUGCAGGCACUCUCACUUGGCUGGCUUCUCAAUGUGUCUGAUGGCUUUUCUGUUCUAGCUUGGAGCUGCCGUACUCCUUUUCUUAGCUCAGAAUUUUUCAAAGGAAGGAUCCCUUCACCGGGCAAACACAUACCCAAAAUUUUACUUGGAAUUUCAGGGAGCUCAUAGAACCCCUCUCAGGCAGAGCUCCCCGGGGUGAGGAAGUCCGGCUCUUAAGGAGGGUUGGUCUCCCAGGCCUUCAUCUUGCUAAUCUCUGGUUCUGUAUCCUACCGAAUACCAGAGUUGACCAAGGUGGCUUUUCCCCAUCAAGCCAGUUGGGUGUUUUCCGCUAGCACACUGGCAGCUCUUGUGGCUUCUUGUGCCAUCUGUAAGUCUGGAAAUGCCCACCCUUUCCCCCUCUGGCUUGGGGGUUGAAUUUCCUGGUUUCCCUGAUGAUUAAGCAUCAGAUCAGGAAGUGGCGAACCAUUUUCUCAGUUUGGUUUGAGUGAAAUUAGCACUGGCUUUUUAAGGCCCCAAAUAAACAGCUUAGUUGGACCUUUUCCUUUCA